CUCUCUUUCAUGCUCUCUCCCUCCCUCUCUCUCUGUUAGUGUCAUUCUGUAGUGGAGAUGUGGAGUGUGUUUCUGUCUCUCUGUCUGUUUCUCCAGCCUAAUUCAGCUGAGGAAGUGAUGCUGCUGGACACAACAGAGUCUACCUCAGAGCUGGGCUGGACCACCUAUCCAGACACAGGGUGGGAUGAGGUCAGUGUUUUGGAUGACCGUGGGAGGCUCAUACGAACCUUUGAGGUCUGUAACGUCAACCAAAACCCCCGUCUCCAAGACAACUGGUUGGCCACACCCUUCCUGUACCGCCACUCAGCACCACGGGUGUUUGUGACGUUGCGUUUCUCUGUGCGUGACUGUGCCAGCCUGCGCUCGCCGUCACCCACCUGCCGAGAGACACUCACCCUGUACUACAAACAGGCCGACUCGCAGAGGGAACUGGAGAGGACCUGGGUUGCAGAGCCGUCCAGUGGAGAGAAGGAGACCAGGGAGGGCUGGGUGAAGAUCGACACCAUAGCAGCAGACAAGAGUUUCUCCAAGGUGGAGCCCAGCUCACCUCAUCAGUAUCAACCCAACCGAUACCGCCGCAUCAACCUCAAGACACGCAGCUUCGCCCCACUCACACGCAAUGGAUUCGUCCUGGCCAUUGUGGACAGCGGUGCCUGUGUUUCCCUAAUGGGUGUGUCUAUCUUCUACCGCCGCUGCCCAGCCACUAGCCGCUACUUGGCAUCCUACCCUGCUACUCCUUCAGGGGCAGAAACUACUGCCUUGGUGCCUGUGAGUGGGACGUGCGUCCCAAACAGCAAAGCCCAGGGAGGCACUGCCCCGCGCAUGCACUGCAAUGCUGAGGGGGAGUGGAUGGUGCCUGUGGGAGGCUGUGUCUGUGACGAAGGCUAUGAGCCAAACCUCAACGGAUCUGCUUGCCUAGCCUGUCCGGUGGGCUACUUCAAGUCCACGUCGGGCUCCGGUCCCUGCUCAGUCUGCCCGCCCAACAGCAGAACCAGCCUGGAGGGAUCAAGUGUGUGUGAAUGUCGCAGCGGCUUCUACCGGGCAGCCAAUGAUGCCAACUCCUCCUCCUGCACGAGUCCUCCAUCUGCCCCUGUCUCUCUGUCCUGGGAGUACGAGAGCGGCGACGGCGGGGUGUCUUUGAGGUGGCGCCCCCCAGUGGACAUGGGCGGCCGCAGCGAGGUGUGGUACGGGGUGGUGUGCCGUAUCUGCCCGUCAGCUACCUUCUCCAACCCGGCGUUGUGCUCCUGGUGCGGAGAAGCUGUCACUUACAGCCCCUCCCAGACAAGCCUACGACAAACCAAGGUCACCCUCAACAACCUGCUGACCAGAGUCACCUACCUCAUACAGGUGCAAGCAAUCAAUGAAGUAUCAGCGUUGAGUCCUUUCCCACCUCGAUACACAAGCAUCAACUUCACUACAAGCCAGUCAGUUCCCAGUCCAGUUCCCAUGAUGCACCAGCUCAGCCGUGCCCCAGACUCCAUCACUCUCUCAUGGCCUCAGCCUGACAGGCCCAAUGGAGACAUCCUGGAGUACCAGCUCAGAUACUAUGACAAGGGUUCAGAUGAGGACAGCGCGGUGACUGUGUACAGUGAGACCAACACCGUGACAGUCAACUCACUGAUUCCCGGCUCCAUCUACGCCUUCCAGAUCAGAGCGCGUAACGAGCGAGGCUACGGCCCCUACAGCCACACCAUCUACUUCACCACACUCGCUCUGGAGGAGCAUUCACAGCAUAUCCAGAAUCGGCUGCCUCUGCUGGUUGGCUCGGUGAUGGGCGGGGCAGCCUUCCUUCUGGUCGUAGCGGCUAUUGUAGUUGUUGUUGUGUUCCGCAGCAAGAGGAGGGAGAGUCCCUACAGUGACAGGCUGCAGAGGUACAUCAGCAACCGAGGUGGAGUAAAGUAUUAUGUGGACCCAUCCACUUAUGAGGACCCCAGUGAGGCGGUCAAGGAGUUUGCCCGCGAGAUAGACCCCACACACCUAAAAAUUGAGGAGGUGAUCGGCGCAGCUCAGUUUGGGGAGGUUUCUCGGGGUCGAUACCGUCCACUGGGGCGCAGGGAGGUGCUGGUAGCAGUGAAGACCCUGCGCUGGGGGGUGACUGACAGAGAGAGGGGCAUGUUCCUGAGUGAGGCGGGGGUCCUGGGCCAGUUUGACCACCCCAACGUGCUGAAACUAGAGGGUGUGGUGACUCGCAGCCCUCCAGAGAGGAUCAUCACUGAGUUCAUGGAGAACGGACCCCUGGAUGCCUUCCUCAGGGAGAAUGAAGACCAGUUCAGUGUCCUCCAGCUGGUGGGGAUGGUAAGGGGAGUUGGCGCUGGGAUGCGUUACCUCUCUGAGAGAAACUUUGUCCACCGGGAUUUGGCAGCCAGGAACGUGCUGGUCAACUCCAACCUGGUGUGUAAAGUGUCCGACUUUGGCCUGUCACGACUCAUGAGGGGCCUGGACCACAACAUACCUACGUACACUGCCUCACUGGGCAGUAAGAUUCCUGUGCGGUGGACAGCACCAGAGGCCUUUCAGCAUCGCAAGUUCAGCUCGGCUAGUGAUGUCUGGAGCUUUGGCAUACUUAUGUGGGAAGUGAUGUCGUACGGAGAGCGUCCAUACUGGGACAUGAGCAAUCAGGAAGUGAUGAAAGCAGUAGCAGACCAGUACCGACUCCCAGCCCCUCUCAACUGCCCCCCAGCCCUCCACUCUCUGAUGCUGCAGUGCUGGCAGGCUGAUCGAGGAGACCGCCCAGGUUUUGACUCACUCUUGUCCUCGUUGGAUCGGCUUAUCAGGCACCCUGCUUCCCUCAAGGCAGAGCAGGCUCGAAGCUGCUCCCAGCCACUACUGAGCCCCACACCCACUGACUUGUCGUCAGUGGCAACAGUCAGUGAUUGGCUAACGGCACUGAGGAUGGACAGAUAUAAGGAUGAGUUUGAACGGGCACACCUGGACACGUUAGACAGAGUCAGCAGGCUCACCAUGGACGACCUCCAGAAUCUGGGGGUGAACCUCGUGGGCCACCAGAGGAAGAUUGUCAGCGCAGCGCAGCAACUCAGGACCCACCUGACGCAAGGGCAGGUGGAGGUGUGAAAUCCAACACACUGUGCCAUGGAUUUCUACGGUCUUCACGUUUCUCUGGUUGUUGUGUCUGGUUCAACAACAUUCAUUCUAACUGAGCACAUUUUAAUGCCAAAACAAACAGAAAAUAAGCCUUUGUUCAUUCAUAGCAUUGAGUGCCACUGUUUCUAAAGAUAAAUCUGACACGAAACCGGGAAGGGUGAAAAAUCUAAGAUCAAAGUUUUGCUACCAAUUACCUGAAGGAAAUAAAAGAAGAGAUGCACUAUGAGAGCUGCAGUCCAAGUCAAAGUGAGAUCCGAAAGACGACUUACAGUAAAAGUGUCCUCGAUGUGUUUUACAAGAUUUCACUUUGUUGCUGUUUGCCUUCUUUCACCCAUCUCUAAUCCUACCUCUCACCGUCUCCUCUGUCCUACACUCACACUUAAAGUUUGUCUCACCACUGUCCCUCCCGCACCGUUUCCAGUUUCUCCACCCUCAUCGAAUAGACUGAAAUCAUGACUUAAAAAAGAAAAAAAACAAGGAGAUCUCUCCUCACAAAGAAUUGUGUGAAGACAAUCAAAGCCUUUUUCUAAUAUUGUCGAGUUAUUUGUAAAGUUAUGACACUUCCUGUCUCCUUAAAAAGCCAAAUGUUGAAAAAAAAAAACAAAAACAAAGUAGCCUGUGGUUUGCCUUAUAGGGUUUGACCAUUAGACGUCAGAAUAUUUUUUUUCAGUCCCCUGGCAAUAUGGUAUCAUCCACCAGUCCAAAAUCAAAUCUAUAAGCCCAUGAGGUAUUACACUCUAAAUAAGCAAUGGCAUGGAGUCAGUGGAAACCUAGGGCACCGUUAGCUCUUGAAAAACUCAAAAUUGUUAGGCGGUGUUUUUUUUCCCCCCUCUUUGACAGAGGAAUUGUUUCUAGGCAUAUCCAGGGUGUGAGAGCAGCCCUGUGUGAACGUCUCACUGUCACUUUAGGGCGUCUCAGCGACAGUAGAGCUCGCCAUAUGGAGUUCACCACAACUACAGACACAAGCCUCCAUCCAUGACGGGAACCGAACAGCACCCCUCUGUAUGUGUAUAUUUCACAGUUUACCUCUAUUCGUCUGAUUGCUAGAGUAAAAGUCACUGAGUCAUUAAAGGAUUGUGAAUGUGCGACAUGGGUUAACUGGACAAUAUCUGAUCUGAUUUCCACUUGAAGGAAGGAGUUGUAAUGCUUUGUAAGUAUCUCGUGUGUCUGCAAAAUGUGUGUAUAUGAGGCUGUAAAUGAGGCUGUGUUUAUGUGUUCAUCAGGUAUACGCUCUACAUGAAGCUGUGUGUGUGUGUGUGUGUGAGUGUGAGUACGCGUGUGUGUGUCUGUGUGAGAGAGAGAGACCUUUGAGAGCCAGUGUGUCAGGCUACACACAUUACUUGUGUUUAUUUGUAUGACUGUUCACCACUAUUCAAUAAUUGUGCAAAUUUGUAAAAUAAAUACUAUGACUUUAUUUAAA